CUCGCUUAGUCUUUGUGGGUCAUCAGUGAAUCCUCUACAACUCAAAGAUUCCCUGAAACACAAAACUCAUCCUCUGCGAUUGGUUGCGGCUCAGCACGCUCUAUUGUCCCAUCAGCCCGUUUGUUCGCUUGGUUUCCUACGCACAAACAAAACUUUCCUGCCACCCUGUGCGUUGACAACCCGAAAUUGGAAUCGCUGACUUUUUCUGAGGGGAAAAAAAGAUAAAGUCAGUGUUUUUUGGCAGGAUGUACAGCUUCAUGGGAGGUGGUUUGUUCUGUGCCGGAGUCGGGAACAUCCUCCUCAUUGUCUCCACGGCAACUGACUACUGGAUGCAGUAUCGUCACUCCAGCAAUUAUAUGCACCAGGGCCUGUGGCGGUACUGUGUGCCUGGGAAAUGCAUGACACACACAGACAGCAUUGCAUACUGGGAUGCCACCCGGGCCUUCAUGAUUCUUUCCCUGCUGGCUUGUUUCAUCGGCAUUGUGAUUGGUGUCAUGGCCUUCAUCCACUACUCCUCCUUUGAUGGGUUUGACAAGACGUUUGCAGCCGGCAUCCUCUUCUUCAUCUCAUGCUUCUUUGUGUUGCUGGCCAUGGCCGUCUACACAGGAGUGACAGUGAACUACUACGGUAAACGCUAUGGCAGCUGGCGAUUUUCCUGGUCCUAUAUAAUGGGCUGGGUGGCAGUGGUGCUUACCUUCUUCUCAGGUAUCUUCUACAUGUGUGCCUACCGGAUGCACGAAUGCCCAAGAAACUCCAACUCACGCUGACCUGCCACACACACACACACACACACACACACAGCCCCCAAGCAUAAUAUAUGGCCAAGAGGAACCAAUAUCCCUAUUAACUUUCCAACCACUUCAU